UUGGAAGUUGUGGAAUGGGAAGUGAGGACACUGACUGGAGUGAAAUGGAGGCCUCUGUCAUAUUACCCAUUCUGAAGAAAAAACUAGCCUUUCUUUCAGGCGGGAAGGACAGACGGAGUGGCCUCAUUCUGACAAUUCCGUUAUGCCUGGACCAGACGAAUAUGGAUGAGCUGAGUGUUACCUUGGACUAUCUACUCAGCAUUCCAAGUGAAAAGUGUAAGGCUAGAGGAUUUACCGUGAUCGUGGAUGGCAGAAAAUCACAGUGGACUGUGGUGAAAACUGUCGUCUUGAUGCUGCAGAAUGUUGUUCCAGCUGAGGUGUCCCUUGUUUGUGUAGUGAAGCCAGAUGAAUUCUGGGAUAAAAAAGUAACACAUUUUUGUUUUUGGAAAGAAAAAGAUAGACUUGGCUUUGAGGUUAUUUUAGUGUCCGCCAAUAAACUGACUCGUUAUAUAGAACCGUGCCAGUUAACAGAAGAUUUUGGUGGGAGUCUCACCUAUGAUCACAUGGACUGGUUAAAUAAGAGGCUGGUUUUUGAGAAAUUUACAAAGGAAUCCACAUCGUUGCUAGAUGAGCUUGCUUUGAUUAACAAUGGAAGUGACAAAGGAAACCAGCAAGAGAAAGAGAGGUCUGUGGAUUUAAACUUUCUUCCAUCAGUUGAUCCUGAAACUGUUCUUCAGACAGGACAUGAGUUAUUGUCCGAAUUACAGCAGCGCCGCUUUAAUGGCUCAGACGGAGGAGUCUCGUGGUCUCCCAUGGAUGACGAACUGCUUGCACAGCCGCAGGUUAUGAAGUUACUGGAUUCACUCCGAGAGCAGUAUACUCGCUACCAGGAGGUGUGUCGGCAGCGCAGUAAGCGCACACAGUUAGAAGAGAUUCAACAGAAGGUAAUGCAGGUUGUGAACUGGCUUGAAGGGCCUGGAUCAGAACAGCUAAGAGCCCAGUGGGGCAUUGGAGACUCCAUCAGGGCCUCCCAGGCCCUGCAGCAGAAGCACGAAGAGAUCGAGAGCCAGCACAGUGAAUGGUUUGCAGUAUAUGUGGAACUGAAUCAACAAAUUGCUGCGCUCUUGAACGCUGGGGAUGAAGAGGACCUGGUAGAACUGAAGUCGCUGCAGCAACAGCUUAGCGAUGUCUGUUAUCGACAAGCCAGUCAGCUGGAAUUUAGGCAAAAUCUGUUGCAGGCAGCUCUUGAAUUUCAUGGGGUUGCCCAAGAUUUGUCUCAGCAGUUGGAUGGCUUAUUAGGGAUGUUGUGCGUAGACGUAGCACCAGCCGACGGAGCAUCGGUUCAGCAAACCUUAAAACUGCUUGAAGAGAAGCUGAAAAGUGUUGAUGUGGGAUUACAAGGGCUGCGUGAAAAAGGCCAAGGUCUUCUGGAUCAAAUCUCCAACCAGGCCUCCUGGGCCUACGGGAAGGAUGUGACUGUCGAAAAUAAGGAAAAUGUGGACCAUAUACAAGGGGUGAUGGAAGACAUGCAGCUUAGAAAACAAAGAUGUGAAGACAUGGUCGAUGUGCGAAGGUUAAAGAUGCUUCAGAUGGUGCAGUUGUUUAAAUGUGAAGAAGAUGCUGCCCAGGCAGUAGAAUGGCUAAGUGAACUUCUGGACGCUCUGCUUAAGACGCACAUCAGAUUGGGCGAUGAUGCUCAGGAAACAAAAGUUUUACUGGAAAAGCAUAGAAAAUUUGUUGAUGUUGCACAGAGCACUUACGACUAUGGAAGACAGUUGCUGCAGGCUACAGUUGUGUUGUGUCAGUCUUUGCGCUGCACUUCUCGAUCAUCCGGGGACACGCUACCUCGACUGAACAGAGUCUGGAAACAGUUCACAAUCACAUCUGAAGAGAGGGUACACAGGCUGGAAAUGGCUAUUGCGUUUCACUCAAAUGCUGAAAAGAUUUUGCAAGACUGUCCAGAAGAGCCUGACACUAUUAAUGAUGAGGAACAAUUUGAUGAAAUUGAGGCUGUUGGGAAAUCACUUUUGGAUAGAUUAACUGUGCCUGUAGUUUAUCCUGAUGGAACUGAACAGUAUUUUGGAAGUCCAAGUGACAUGGCUUCGACUGCAGAACACAUCAGAGACAGGAUGAAACUAGUUCAUCUCAAAAGGCAGCAGCGGAGACACCCUGGAAUGGUGACCACAGAGAGCUAAUGAGGAUGACGAGCCCCACAGACAAGCAGUUCACCUGCACGUGGCUGGUGUUCGACCCUAGUAGACACAGCACCUUAAGAUGCAUUUCACAGCCAAGAUAGGCUCACUCUUCCUCUUAAACACAUUUCUCUAUGUAUGUUAACACCUUGUCACCACCGAGGCAUAACUAUUUAAAAUGCUUUGAGCCCACAGACUCCAAGUCUCUUAGAAGAAAGAACUGUAAACAUUGCACUGAAAACUUGCUUUAAAGCAUUACCUGACCCUGACAGUUUAUAGAUGAACAACUGAUAGUAAGCUCUGAAUGGUGCUAAUAAACACUGAGAAGCUUAGCUCUCUAUCAAAAAGAGGGAGGAAAAAAAAAAGGCUGCCCCUCCUCCCCAGGUGAUGUAGAAAAUUUAGGCUGUAAACUCGUAUCAUUAGACAGUGGUGUCUUCAAAAUUUUCCUUUGUAAUUUUGCUUCAGAAUUGAUUAUUUUUAUUGUGUUCAUAUGGGGAAACCCGUUCAAAUUUUUGAUAUAUCAUAUUCAUUAAAAAGAAAUUUUCCUAUUUGUAUUGA